CUUUUCCAGUUGUUCCCGCGCCGCCGCUCGAUUCGAUAUCGGUCGCAGCAUUACGCGGUUUGCGGAUCCCCGUGGGAUUAAUGAACCACGUCCAGUGAGCCUCCGAGUCGGAAGCGACUUGACCAUCUCGCGCGUGGGGAUUCGGACUUCUAUCUGCAGAACCACCAUCUCUCCUACGGUGUCUACCAAACGCCUGCUCGCCGACCGAACAAAUAUCCCACCGUAGGCCGAGUCACGUCAGCGCGGGCUACGAUUUUAGAAAGUCACUCAGCGAGACCUUGCGGAGCACGAGGAGUCUGAAAGUCGACGUUUCGUCUAACUUGUGUGUUCGCCUCUGCCUUACCUCCUCCACCAACGUCUUGAGCGCAAUGGCGGAGAAGGGAGGGAAUCGGAGAACUGCUCAACCUGAGGCUGUCGAGACAUACGGACUGCUGGAGGAACAGGUGGCCGAGUUCAAGGAGGCGUUCCUCUUGUUCGACAAAGACUGCGACGGAAUGAUUACAGCUGCUGAGCUCGGUGUGGUCAUGAGAUCCCUCGGUCAGCGACCCACCGAGCAGGAGCUCAAGAAAAUGGUCACCAUGGUCGAUCAGGAUGGGAACGGAACGAUAGAGUUCAAUGAGUUCCUCAUGAUGAUGUCGAAAAAAGUCAAGGAAGCCGACAGCGAAGAAGAGCUCCGGGAGGCAUUCAGGGUGUUCGAUCGCGACGGCGACGGCUUCAUCUCACGAGAGGAACUCAAGCAUGUCAUGAACAAUCUUGGCGAAACCCUGUCCGACGACGACGUAGAAGAUAUGAUUCGGGAGGCCGAUCGGGACGGAGAUGGCAAAAUCAACUACGACGAGUUUGUUCUCAUUAUCACCUCCGCCAAGUAGGCCUCUUCCUGGCGAAUAGACGAGCGAGCCAACGGGCCGUGGAUGAGCUGACCGGUCGCCGACAGCUAGACUGCUGUCGGUCAGCAAGUCAGAGAGCCGGUCAUCUCGUGGGCUGAACAGCCGAAUCCGGGAGACUUGCUAGCAUCAGCAGCGUCAAAAUUCAGGCUCACUACGACGGAAAAAGGAAAACUCUCCGCAUUUCAGAACGUCGCGGCUCCUGGACUCCCGACGGCAGAACAGCCACGCGCCCCGAACCUGUGCUUCGCAUAGAAAGACAACGAUUUAUAUUAUACAUAAAAAUGAAUAUAUAUUUAAUCGCAGGAGUUAUGACACUCCGGUUUCGGA